UUAUGCAACAUUGUUCUCACCAAUGACAGUAUUCAAUGUUUUCAACUAAAGAGAAAUUAAUACAACGUACAGGACAAAAUGGCGUAGGCCGAUAUGAUUUUUUAAAACUUUUAAUAAACGAAUUUAAAACGACUUCGUCUAAAGAUGCGAAGGAGCAAGUAUUAGCAAAUUUGGUUAAUUUUUCUUAUGAUCCUAUUAAUUAUGAAUAUUUAAGACAGCUUAAAGUAAUCGAUUUAUUUCUUCAUAUUUUAUCCGAAGAUAAUCCUAUUUUUGUACGUUUUGCUAUAGGAGGUAUUUGUAAUUUAUGCUUAGAUCCAAUAAAUAAAGCAUAUAUCUUACGCAAUCAAGGCAUUUCAUUAGUAUCAUCAUUACUUAAUUCUCGUGACGAAGGAACCAUACUAUCAUCAAUUACAACUUUAAUGUUUAUAAUAACACCCGAAUUUAUAAAUGAUAUAGUUUCACCUACAGUUAUUAAACAUAUGCAUGAUUUUUCUAAUAGUACAAAUAAUCGUAUAAAAAAUUUGGCUACAAUAUUUUUAAGCGAUUAUUGCCAAGGACAUAAUAUUGAAAAGAUUAAUGAUAAAAAUGAUGUAUAUAGCAGUGACAAAUUUGCCAAAGUGAUUAUGUCACGUAUUUCUCUUUUUUAUUAUAAUAUAAAAAAAUAUUGUACGAAAACUCCUAUCAAGGUAUAUUCUUCAAGCUUAAAAGUUGGAGAUAGGAUAUCAAUUUUUAAAACAAUAACAAACAGUGAUGUGUUAAAUUUUGCAAAGUUAACUAACGAUUAUAAUCCGAUACAUAUUACUUCUGAAAAAAAUAUUGUUCAUGGAGCUUUACUUAAUGGUUUAGUGUCGGGUGUACUUGGUACAAAAUUACCAGGCCCGGGUACAAUUGUUACGGAACAAUCCCUUAAAUUUCCAAAUUCGUGUUACGUCGGUGACACUGUAGAAAUAAUAAUACAAAUAAUAUCUGUACGCAAAAUUAUAAAAUGUGAAUAUACUUUAAUUUCAAAUGGAGAACAAAUAGUUCUAAAGGGCGAAGCAAAGUUAAUUAUGAAGACAAAUAGUAUAAAUAGUGUUAAAUAAUUGCUUUAUAGAUGUAAAAACAUUAAGGAAAAAAGUCAAUAAAAACAAUUUAUAUUUUACAAUUAAAUGUAUCUGGUGAAUGAAA